GUGCGCUGCCUCAGCUCAGGUACACAGACUGAAGCAUCCUCCCGUUAUACAAGCGUAAAGCAGCUGUUAUGUUCCCACCAUGGAGCGGAUAAAGUGUUUAGGAGGAUGCGUGCUUUCAUUUUUCCUCGCCUUGGUCUUUGAUGUCAUCGGUCUGAUUAUGCUUUUCGUCGGCAUAUUCGCCAACGUGCGCAUCGGCGGCCGUUUUUAUGGCGACUUCUUGAUCUACACCGGCUCUCUGAUCAUUUUCAUCAGCCUGGCCUUCUGGCUCAUGUGGUACGUGGGGAACAUCAAGGUGUCGGAGGACGACGGCUUGAAGAAGAGGAGCAGCAUCGUGCAGCUGGCCAGGAAACUCUCCGAGAGGUUAAGCCAGACGCUGAAAGGGGAGUCACGGCCGAAAUAUAUCGAGGGUGACGACGGCAGCCAGGUUGAAUCACCUCCACACAAAUCCGGCCGGGUGACAUGGGGAAGAUCCACAGCCUACGACAACAAAGGGUUUGAGAACUACGAGGACUCCCCUGCCGUGGAGAAGAAGAUAGAGACACAUCAUGAAGAAAAGAUCUGAACUCUGAUGACACGGAGGGGUACUUUCAUAUAACAAUACUCAUGUGAUGUUUUAAAUGUGGCCAUGUCUGAUUUGAUACAUAUCAUUAACUACAUUUGCUGCUUCGGAGACUUUAUGAAGGGUACACUGCAAACAAGAUUAGGAUUGUGGACAGCUUUCUCAGCCAAAAGGACAUGGAUGAAAGGACACUGUGAUAUAAUGUUAAAAUGUUCAUGUACAGGGCUGUAGUCAGGAUUUUAGGCACCUCAAUGCCCCCCCCCCCAUCAGAACACUGCCACCUGUCACAAAAAGAAGGUCUCUAUUUCUUUUUUUUAUUUUUUAGGAACACUUUAUCCCACACAUCUGUAGUUUUCUGGAAAGAUUUUGGUACUACUGAUAAGGCAAAUGGAGGCUGUUCGAUUAUUGUACUCUCAAUCAUCUAAGUUAUUUAUGUUAUCAAAGUUAUUGCAACUUAGUGAGUCUUUUAGUCACAGCAGGUCAGAUGAACAUCGAAAAACUGUGAAUUGGUCCAUAGGCAUACAUGUGCAAUUAAGAUUCCCCUUAAUUACUACCAACCUACUGUACAUAGAAACAUCUAAGUAACUUAUUUUGAAAUUGUGGGCUUGAAAAAAAGCAACAUUUUUUUAUUAAUUGAACUGUUCAGCUGAAUUUUAUGUACAUUUUAUUUCCAAGGUCUAAAUGAUUUCAAAGUUUUCUCCACACUAUAGGCGAGGCUGGGUUACCAACCACUACAAAGAGCUCUAGACUCUCAGAGGCCAAAAGUGCCCACAUUCAAUUAGAUUUUUGUAAUCUAAUUAAUUACAAAUGUUUUAUUUAAUUUUAUUUACCACUGACUCACAUUAUAAAAUGAUAAGGACCAAAAGGCAACAGUUUUAUUUUUACACAAUCUUGAGGCCAUGGUCUUGUUUGUAUUUUAAAGGGGCCCCAAGUUAAGAUACAGUUUUAGGACAGUAAAUAUUUCAGCGUAUAUUGUGCUUUCAUAGUACAUUUGGCUCUUUUUUUGGUCCAGGUUAAUCCAGCCCUGCUGCAGAAUUAUAAUUCUGGAUACUGAAUCUUUUACUUCCUUUUUUCUUUUUCUUUUUUUUUUUGGUUGAAAAGAACAUUGAUAUAUUGUCUACAAAAUACAUAAUAAUAUAUGUUUAUAAAAUGCCCACUGCUAUGUACAUUUUGAAAUUAAUUGUAAAAUGAAAUGUUCCUGAUCCUAGAAAGACAAAACAAAAUACAUGACUUCAGUGUCCUCAGUUCUAACUACGGCCCUGUUCAGGUCAGCCUGCAGUACCAGACCACAGUUUGCCAUCUCAGAAAGGCUGUCGUGCCCAUCCAACAGCUUGAUACGUUCCCUUGUUGAUUGUCCUAUAUUAUUUCAGCUGGAUUUUUUUUCCCCCACAAAUGCUUUGCCACGUGUUCCAAAUACAUUUCUCAUAUCUUUUACAUGUUGUGCCUGCUACCACGCAGAUGGAAAUAAGUCACAUCAUGUUUGCCCUUUGAGUUGCUGUCAAAGCAACACAAACACUGGUCAGACUGGUUUGUCACAGUGUUGUGGUGUUGAUUGAACAAACCUGAAAAUCCUCCACAGAGUGUCAUGUGUAACUGGGGACCCUGCAUAAUGACAUAUUGUAUGCCCACUAGGAUGUAUGUAGUAUCUCUACUCAUCACAUUUUGGGAGUAGGUGCCUGAGCGACUGAGCCACAAAGUGGAGUCACAAUAAUGGCACACCUUAUGCAAAUGUCACAGCUCUGCCUGCGUUUUGUUUAUUGCAACUGAAAUGGCUUCUAACAUUUAAAGAGCUAGCAUGACUGGCAGCUCAAAGCACUUCAAACAAACUCAUGACAAUGUUACAGUCAAUAAAACAUAAUUCCCCUCUGCUGUGUACACCUGCGAUGGCAGGCAGGACAGUGAGUCAAAGCCGCCGAGCAGAGACAAAUAGUGGCAGCUUGACUGGUCAAACAAGCUGCACAUAGAGAAGUUUCCAUUACGUGUAUUUCCUCUUUGUGACAGUCACUUCACAAAAGGUGCUGUUAUUGUGGUGAGGCAUGAACCGUGGAUUAUUAAAUAUUUAGGGAGGGCUUGAAUGCAGUGUAUCCACCCUGCAGAGAUGCUCCCAAGUUUAAUAUAAAGGGUGAAUUUAUUCCUGGGGUAAAUCUCUGAACUCAGUGGGAGUGAAGUCAAGAGGAAGCUUUGAAGCAUCUGAUAAAAGAUGCAACACACUGAUGCAGCCCCGAAUCACUUUGGUGUCAUUAACCGAACAAAAAGAUCAGGGGGGCCCCAAUUAAUUAUAGCCGGCUUAUCACUGUGUAAACACGAGCUCAAUGGCGGCUGAUUGCGAAAUAUAUGUGCAUAAAUCUGUGGUGCUGGUUACAGACAAUGAGCCGAUGUGUCACAUUAAAGGUGCAAAACAAGUCAGCCCUGCAAAGGAAUGAAGAUGGACUGUAGGGCUUUCAGCUGCUGCUAAUGAGCAACACAACCCAUUGUGUUGGUUGGAUACCAGUCUUGUGCUAUGAAAGAAAUGCAAGGCGUGCUGAAACAGAAUGAUUCAGAGGAUAGGAAAGCAGUUUUCUGGAGAGACUUGCUGUCACUCCUGUCAGACCUUCAGACGAAAUCCACCUGUCCGUCUCACCUGGCGCUGCUAUGGAGCAGAAAAAGUGCACCAACCUCUUCUUAUCACUGGCUGUGAUUUUUGACAUCAUUGGCCUCUGCCUCUUCUUCAUUGGGAUCUUUGCACCUUUGAGCUUCUGGGACUUUUUUGUGUUCUCCGGACCUUUGCUGAUCUUCCUCAGCCUGAUCUUCUGGAUAUUCUGGUACCUGGGGAGCCUCACUGUGACUGAGGAGGAGCUCAACUUGACCAAACCAGACAUACUGUGACAACAGUAUGAGUGCAACUGGACUGGGACUCCUUCAGCCCAGCAACAUGAUGAGGAGGAGGGGGCUGGCAGGACACACAGAAGCAGAAGCUUCAUCAAAAAUCAUGAAUUUGUGGACCUGUGGCUCUCCUUGAGGUUUUGCCUCAGUGAAGGAUAUGUGAUAAAACUAAAUCCAGGCACGACCAGGAACACAUUUGACUAAUCCCAGGAGAUAAAAAAAAACUCCAUUCCACCCUUUGACUUGAGGGUGAAAACAACUUGUCAUGUUGUUUAUGGACAGCAGUGAUUCCUGGACUUUGUCGGAGUUGGAAAAUGUAUUUCUCAGCACUUUCAUUGGGAGAAUGAAAAACUGUACCAUGAUGAUACUGUAUGCCUUAUUUAUGUCAUUAUUAUCAACUGUGCACAGUAUAAGUUGAUAAUUAUAUUUCAACAUGUCCCUGCACAACUGUGUAAGACAGAAAUGCUUUUGAAAUUAACAACUAAACAUGCUUUAAAAU